AUGGCGAAAUACAAAAAAGAUCCCAGCAUCUGUAGGUUCUGCCGGUGCUGGUCUGCGUGGCAUGAAGCAGAAGAGUGCAACAGAUGCCGCUCGCGCAUCGCCAGACAUGGUCUGCCGAAGAUGUGCGUUCACUGCAACUGCAUUGGUGCUUUUCCCCACUCACGACCUGCUGCUGGAUAUGCGGGGGUGGCGCUGUGUUUCCUGUGCCACUGGAAUAUCAAGAAGGAUGUGGCUGUGCAGCUCCGAGCGCGACAAAGGCAGCAGCGAACUCUGCAGCUGCUCAUGCCAGGGAAAUUGAGCGAUCUUCCCCCACCCGGGGACGGUCUUCCGCUGCAGCUUGCACAGCAACAACAACAACAACUGUCACUAAUCCAGCGAACGGCGUCUGCACCGCAAGGGGAGAGCACUGACAUCUCCUCCAAGGAUGUGUGUCGUAAUUUUCCAUGCGUUUUUGUUGCCUUUCGUCUCUGCUUCGGCGUGAUUUUUGACGUUUUCGCGUCUGCCGCGCGCCUCACUGCUGCUGUUUUGCCCCUGCCUUUUGUCUGCCUUGAGUAUGCGUUUGUCGCUUCUCUGCCUGGUGAUCAGCGUGGAGCUGCUGCGGCAGGAAAUUCGCAGUCUGCAGGAGCAGCUGCUUCAGAAGGACCUUUUAGCGCAGGUGUGUUUGCGGGGGAUAUGCAACAGAAAGCAAGCGAAGCCGAGCGGCAGCUCCAAGUGCAAGUUCAAAAUUCCCAGCGGCACGCGCAGCAACUUGAGCAGAUGGAGGCUUUGAACGGCUGCGUGGAUGCGCUCAAGUCGAAGAACGAUCAGUUAGAAGCCGAUAAGACAAAGGCUGUACAAGAGCUGCAACAGUUGCGGCGGCAGCAGAUUGUGGUGUCUCGGGAGCUUGCGAAGACUAAAGAGGCAGCCGAAGAGGCGAAAGCGGCGAAGGGGGCCUUUGCGUCUCUGCUGCAGCAGCAGGAGGCUGCCGCGGCUGCUGCUGCGGGUGCUGCAGCCGCUGAAAGCAAGGCGCUGCAGCAGCAGCUGAAGGAGGCGCAGCAGCAGCUGAAGGAGGCGCAGCAGCAGUUGAAGGAGGCGCAGCAGCUGCUGAAGGAGGCGCAGCAGCAGCCAGUGGAGAGACGGCUGCAGGAGGAGCAGCAGGAUGUGCAGCUGCUAGAAGGCGCUGCAUCCAGUGGUAGCUUGGCUAAGAAAGAAGACGCAUGCCUGUUGAUAGACUUCACGGCUGCUGCAUGUGUUGUCGAGGGUUCGGCGCGCUCGGGCGGCUUGGGAGUGGCUACGGAGGCUUUGUCAAGGACUGCUGUAGAGGGCGAUUCGGAGCAGGAGGCGGAAACUGCUCCUUUAGCAGCGACAUCGAGUGACACGAGCAGUAGUAGUAGCAGUAGUAGUAGCAGCAGGAAGGCGGGGGCGAAGAGGAAAAAGGGAAGGGAGGAGGCAAGGGACGGUAAGACCAAGCGAAGUCGUUUGAGGAAACACGCUCCGGGGAGCAGCGCCAGCGAUGGCGAGCAGGGUGAUGAUAAUGAUGAUGAUGGCGAGGAUAAUGAUAAUGAUGGCGAGGAUGGUAAUAAGCGAGAAGGCGAGGAUAAUGAUAAUGAUGGCGAGGAUGGUAACAAGCGAGAAGGCGAUAUGCCAACAGCUGGUGCCGUGGAAAUCGGAGCCACAGCACCGUCAGCAGCUAGGGAAGAGGUUCUAAGUGGCGGUAUGGUUCUGCAGCUGGGGGGGCAAAGAGACGUGAAAGCGAAGAACCCAGAGGCAGCGCGUGGCACCGCAGAAGCGGAGACAGCAAAGCAAGGCAAGGAGGCGGUGGAAGAGAGCAGCAACAACAGCAGCAGCGAUGAAGACACCCCACUUAGCCUCCUCGCAAGUGCGCGGCCAGUCAAGCGCAGCAGCACGGACCUCGCUGCUGCUGGCAGGGAGGCGAUUUCGAACAGAAACGAGACAGCAGCAAGCAGCGGCAGCAGUAAAGCUAAAGGAAGGGUGUCAGCAAAAAAGGCCAAGGCGAAGGCUGCGCCUCGAAAGGGCAGAUAA